AUGGUGAGACGUUAUGCUAAUGCUGGAGCCUAUGCAGCACGUUCUUAUCAAGCGCUAAGGGAAACUCACAUUCAAAAGAACUUGGCUGGAGUGCGAAGAUCGAUCAUUGUUGAGAAGUUGGCACCAUUGGAGCCCAUCUUUGUGGCUGAUUAUAAUUUGAAAAAGAACAUGAUGCGUGUUGAAGCUCAUCCUCUUCUAUUCCAGAAGAUGCAAGCCAUUCAGCAAUCAAAGUCACAUAUUGAGGAGGAGUUUGAAACAAGUUCAAGCUUGUUUCCAGAUUGGAGUUCAAAUGUGUUGAUGUUGGUUGCCUUAGUCGAGUGUGGCACUUUUGCUCUUGGCUCGUUCCAAAAGCUUCAGAGCAUUCCAGAUACAAGCACGCAUUUCUUGCGUCAUUUUGCUGGCGAUUACACUAUUAAAGAGUCAAUUGGAGUUGAACACAUGGAAACGGAGAUGGGGAUGUUGAGAGGACUGAUUGAAGAAGCCAACAAAGUGUGCAAUGAAGGAAUUGAGAGCGUUAGUAAUGAGUAA